AUGAGGGGUUAUUUCCAAUUCAUUGGGUAUAUUGUUUUAUCGUCACAUAAAACGCGGCCACUGCUGCAGAUGUCGCAGCACGCUGAGCUGCAACUACAUUGCAUUUUCCUUAUUAACAGCUACUUUGAAACUCCUCCACCCAACAUCAUAACCACAUCAAGGCCAGUUUUGUCCUAUGCUCAUAACCUUUCCAAGAAAUUCAAGCAUAAAGUCUUGGAGGAGUCAAAUUGGGAUUAUGAAAUAUUGAGAAAACUGUUCAUUCAAGUCAGAUCGGCCCACGUUUUGGUCGCUCUUGCUUUUGCUUUGGUCGCUCAAGGUUCGAUCAUCCCUCAAACAAGGAGAGAUGGUGUUGCUGGGGUUGUGUCAUUGGAAUUCGAGGUUGACAGAAAGCCGCUCGAUUUAAACGCUACUAAUGAGAUUGUAAAAAGAGGAUCACCAUCAGCUCCGUUGUAUUUUGAAGGGCCAUCUUAUGGUAUUCGUAUUGCUGUUGGCUCCAACAUGCAAGAACAACAAGUUGUUCUUGACACUGGUUCCAGCGACUUUUGGGUUGUUGACUCAUCAGCCACUUGUCAAGGGACUCGUGACUGCAAGAAGUACGGCACUUUCAAUCCCCAAAGUUCAACUUCGUUUCGAUCAUUAGGCUCUACAUUCAGUAUUGGUUACGGGGAUAAAAGCACCUCAGAGGGCCCAUGGGCAAAAGACACUGUUAGUUUUGGAGGUAUUUCAAUUACUAACCAGCAAUUCGCUGAUGUGACUACUACCUCGACUGCCCAAGGUAUUUUGGGUGUUGGGCGUGUACAAGGUGAAAGUGGUCAACAAUACGACAACGUUCCUGUUUCAUUGAAGAAGCAAGGUAAGAUCAAGACCAAUGCCUAUUCGUUGUAUUUGAAUUCGCCAGGUGCAACUACAGGAACAAUCCUUUUUGGUGGUGUUGAUAAUGCCAAGUAUUCCGGAAAGCUUAUUGAGGAGCAAAUUGUCCUGGAUCAGUACUUGUCUGUCAACUUGCAAUCUCUCAACUACGAUGGAAAUGACGAAACAACCGGUUUCAAUGUUGUGUUGGACUCUGGAACUACACUUAGUUACUUGCCUGAUACGAUUGUGGAGGAUCUUGCCAGCAAGGUUGGUGCCUAUUUGGAGCCGGUGGGUAAUGGUUCUGAACUUUACUUCAUUGAUUGUAACGCCAAUCUCCAAGACAGUGCUUCCUUCACUUUUGACAACGGUGCUAAAAUCUCGGUCCCAUUGUCCGAAUUUGUUCUCAGAAGUAAUUCUGGUUGUGUAUGGGGUUUACAGAGCUCUGACAGACAAAGAGUUCCUCCAAUCUUGGGUGUCAACUUCUUGAGACAUGCUUAUAUUGUUUACAAUUUGGAUAAAGAGACAAUUUCACUCGCUCAAGUGAAAUUCACAUCUGCCUCAAGUGUUUCUGCCAUCUAA